CGUGUCAUUGGGGCUGGAGUCGGCGUGGCCAUGGUCCUGGUCCUGCUGGUGGCCAUUCCCCUAUUGGUCCACACCACCAAAGGGGGAGGGUCCGGAGGAGGGGGUACACAUUACGAGAUGCUUGGGAGCUGCAAAAUGGUGUGUGACACUUUCACCCCCCCACAGGGAGAGCUGACAGCCGUCUCCCCUCAGCCCCCAGACUUCCCAAACCGCAGGGGAAAACAAGGGUUUAGAGGGAGCCCUGGACUUCCUGGUCCUCCGGGUCCUAAAGGGCCCCCUGGGGAGCCCGGCAAGCCUGGCCCACCUGGUCCACCAGGGCCUGGACCCGGUGGAUAUGGCUCCUCUCUUUACAGCCCCAAAAUCGCCUUUUAUGCUGGCCUCCGGAAACAGCACGAAGGGAGUGAAAUACUGAAGUUUGAUGACGUGGUGACCAACGUAGGGAAUUACUACGAGCCGAGUACUGGGAAGUUCACCUGUCCUCUGCCAGGUAUCUACUACUUCACCUACCAUGUCCUGAUGAGAGGUGGUGAUGGGACGAGCAUGUGGGCUGACCUGAAGAAGAAUGGACAGGUGAGGGCCAGUGCAAUUGCUCAAGACGCAGACCAGAACUAUGACUAUGCCUCCAACAGUGUCAUACUGCACCUGGACGUGGGGGACGAAGUGUGUGUACAGCUGGAUGGCGGCAAAGUUCACGGGGGAAACACCAACAAAUACAGCACCUUCUCUGGCUUCCUCAUCUACCCCGACUGA